AUGUCUCCCAAGACUUGGCUCAUAACAGGUUCAUCUUCUGGCCUUGGCCUCUCACUCACGCUAUUGCUUCUUCGUAACGGUCAACAAGUGAUUGCCACCUCCAGGGAUCCGUCAAAGACACCAAGUCUGGUGGCUCAAGUCACGUCUCUCGGUGGUCAAUGGUUAUCCCUCGAUGUGACCCUUCCAGCACCGGAGAUCGCUUCAGUAAUAGACAAAGCAAUUGGCAUUUACGGAGAGAUAGAUGUCCUGGUCAACUGUGCAGGUUAUGCUCAAUUGGGUGCAUUUGAAGCAAUCAGCGAAGCAGAAGUGCGCGCCCAGAUGGAAACUAACUACUUCGGGCCACUUAAGCUGACCAGUCUACUUUUGCCAUUUUACCGAAGAAGAGGAUCCGGUACUAUUGUUCAAAUAAGCAGCACCGCCGGGAUUGAAGCUAAGGCCUCUCGUUCAGCAUACUGCGCUUCUAAGUAUGCACUCGAAGCAAUGUCUGAAUCCCUCUACCACGAGGUAAAUCCACUUGGUAUCCGUGUGCUAUUGGUCGAGCUUGGGGCCUUUCGAACGAAGUUUGCAGCGAACUGUGUUCUUCCUGCCUCUGAUAUGCCAAUAGAGUAUCAUAAUACGAUCACUGAGCAGAUGAUUGACGCUGUUACCCAGGGGCUUGCGGCUGGUAAAGCACCGGGAGAUAUUGAGAAAGCUUCAAAAGCGAUCAUGGAGGUUGUGAUGAAGGAAGGCCAGGGCGAGAAUUUGGAGGAAUUCAUCAGACUUCCACUUGGAAAAGAUAAUGCGGAGAGGUGGAAAGUUAAAAUUGAGGAGCUUACAAAUACAUUGGAGGGCACAAAGCAGAUUUGGAGCAACACGGAUCAUGAUGAUUUGGGUGUUUGA